UCUUCGAGUUUAUAUUUGAGCGGGUGCCGGCGCCAGCUGCUAUCAUAAUAUGGUAACUUCUACUUAGUACGUAUAAACCAAAGUACUUAUUGUUAUGAUAGCUUAGAUAAUUGGUGUUUCGCUUUUUCCAUGGCAGAAUCUCGCCAUGCGAAGAUUCAGUCGACGAAACCACCAAAUUCUCGGCGCCGAGAGCAAUUCAGAAGCAAGCUUUCACUCAUUGCCUGCCAAAUAACGACAGAAGAACUGGACAAGUUAAAGUUCCUCUCUGAAGAUAUACCAGAUGGAGAAAGAGAAAAAAUCAAAACAGCUGAAAUGUUUUUUGAAAAACUUCAGAAACUUAAGAAGCUUUCUCUAGACGACAAAACGGUCCUGGUGAACUUAUUACGACAAAUCGGUAGGGAUGACUUGGCAAGUGAACUGGAAAGCUGGAAAUGUUUGAAUGAAAACGCUAAAGAGAUAGACAAAUUGACCAAGAAAAGUAGAGUCUUCCAAAAAGAAGGGAAAUUUUGUUCUGAGAGUGAAAUAUAUGGCAAAAUUUUAGAGCUUUGCUCAAAUGAUGAAGAUGGUAAACUGAGCAGAUGUAAAUUUCUAAAGAAGAGAGCAGCCUCUCUCAUUGCUCAGGAGAAGUUUGAAGAUGCCCUUAAAGAUUGCCGAAAUGUUCUAGAUCAAAAUCCACAUGAUUUGAAAGCUAAGUUUUUUCUGGCACGGUCAUAUGAAGGUCUUAGGGAAUACAGUAAGGCCUACGAGGAGCUUAAACUUCUGAAAGUCUCGAAUCCUAAGGAUCCAGAUGUACUCAUACUACUGGAAAAGGUUGCUAGACAGGUUGAUAAAGAGCGGCGAGAGGAAUCGCACUCAACAACAUGUCAAGCAAGUGGAAUUUCCCCUACUGCUAACUUUGUUGCAGAUGGAAACUACCCCCAUAAAGUUCUGUUUGUCUGCGACAAGUGGUCGGGAUGGCACCUUGACAUUUAUAGCGUGAACAGGCACCUUUGUCGACAUUUCGCCAAGUUUGAUUGCCUUCGGGUGGCUUGCCUUGUACUGGAGGCCACAGAGAAAGAUAUAGUCCUAGCUAACAAAGAAGGAAUUUCCCUAAAAAGGUGUUCUGUUAGCAGUGGUAUCCCUGACGGUGAUAACAGACUUUAUGCUAUGCACGGCGACUUUCCAUUUAUUCCCGAUGUUGUCUUUGGCCAUGGAUUAGUUACAGGUGCUGAGGCUUCCGGUCUUGCCAAAAAAUUCAAUUGCAAACACUUUCAUAUAUGCUAUGAUGUGAAUUUUACCAAAGAGGAAUUGCAGGUGGGAAAUGAUGCUGAUUUUGUGGCAGCCAUAGGUCCGCAACUUGCGAAAGAGUGGAGUAACAAGCUAGGCCGAGAAGUAAUCGAGAUCAUUCCAGGCAUUCCAUCAGACUCAAGACAACGAAACUCCAUACCAACUCCUCACAACAGAGCUUUAAUCGUCGAUAGCACGGCUAGCACCGACAAUGAUGUGCUUGAUGUAGCAAUCAAAGCACUCUUGGAUUGCAAACAACGCGAUACAUCUAUGGAAAUUAAUAUUCAAGGAACUCCUCGCGCAAAGAAGGACAAUCUCAAGACGAAACUCGAAAGGGAACUUGGUACGAAAAAAUUUAAAAUUCACAUUACAUCUGAUGAUGCUAGCAUUGAGUUAGUUGAUGGAGAUAUGCGUGCAAAUUCCCUGCUGUUGAUCCCAUCGUUAUCUCAGACAUUUGGGAUGCGUAGCCUCGAAUCCAUAAGCUCUGGUGUGCCUGUGAUAGUCAGCAAUUCAUAUGGAAUAACAGACGUACUUCUUGAUCACUUUGACCACAAGUUCUGGAUUUUUCUGAGUUCUGCGAAAGAAGAAGAUGACUACGAAUCCUGGUCCGAUCGUAUUGAUGUCUUUUUAGAUAACAGAGAUGAAAAGUUCGCAUUGGCGUCCGAGCUGAAACACGAGUGGGAGAAGAAGUUCACGUGGGAUUCAGCAACAACAAAGAUACUUCACCAUCUUUCAAGAUCUGGGGAAUUUCCCAAAGCUGCUAAGGCUUGCAACGAGAAUUAUCCAUCCCUUCCGUCAUGCUCAAGUGAGGCCCGCAGUUUUGUUCAAACGGAUGUAGAGCUACAUGAGCGACGAAAAAGUCAUAUUUUGGUCGUCUGUCCAGUAGACGCUAGAAAGGAUCCAGCUAUCCGCCAUUUAGCAAAAAUUCCUUGGAUUGCUGUUUUGGACUUUGAUCCACAUAGUACUGAAACGGGUUGCCUUUCGAUUUGUCAGACGCUUGGUGACGAGUUGGGAACAAAAAUCUGUCCAAUUCGUUGUCCACGUGAUAAAGUGAAAGAAAAAGUCACAUUUCCAAACGGUAUACCUUGGCUUCUUGUCGAUGAAACCCCUGAAUGUUUAAAGUGGUUGAAAAAUGUAAUAUCAACACUUGAAACCUCUCAUCUAGAGCAAAUAUCAAUGUUGGUAUUGUGGAAUGCAUCGAAAGAAAAAGAGCGACUUACAAGAGCACUUGGCAAAUUCCUCAACAACAUUGAAGCCUCAUCUCUACAGGAACGAGUCAAAGUCGCAAUAGAUCUUGUAGGUGGUGACAAGGAAUAUUUCAUCAAAGGAAUCGAAGAAGAUUGGGAUACAUCCAUUUAUCAUCUACCACUGGCAGAUAUUUGCAAUGCCAUCAACGAGUCUGUUUGCGAAAAUCCAUCACUCCGUGAAAGAGAAAAGUUUUUCUUGCCUGUUGCUGAUGGAAUCGAAAGUGGAAAAGUUAUAAUGAAAAUUCUUCCAAAUGAAUCUCGAUGGAUCAAUGCUGAAUUAGAAAUUCUCUACCAAUCUGUUAGCGAUAACCCAGAGUACGACUCCAAAGAUGCUCAACACUUUUAUCGAGGUGGAACCAUUUCUUGGUAUGCGCUAAGCAAGGGCUAUGCUAUUAGAAGAAAAAACUGGGAUCCGAUCAAAGAUAAAAUAGAUGAGCUUUUACCAAGAUGUGGCACACUUCGACGCAAGCUUUUCCACAGUCGUGGUACUGGUGGCACAACAUCAUCACGAUGGAUCCUGUUUGAAUAUCAUAAGAAAUACCCAUGUGUCAACGUCAAGUCUAUUAACCACCAGGAAACAGCAUCAGCGAUUAAAGUUCUGGCAGACUUCUGCAAAUUGCCUGUCCUUGUCCUGAUAGAUUGUAAACAUGUUCUUAGGGAAGAAUUUGAUCUGGACAUUCUCUACAAUAGCCUGUCGAAUCAACGUGUUUCGUGUAUCGUCUUGGAGGUUUCGCACCGUCAAGAAAACCACGUACCAAGAAAGAAAGAGUUACUUACAAUUGCAGAGACCUUGGCUCAGGAGGAAAGAGACAGGUUCAUUACAACGUAUGGCGAACAAAAACAAGAAAGAGUUCAACGACUGCGCAGCCUAAAGAAGGAACCCGAUGAAUUACAGAUACCAUUUUAUUAUGCUCUCGUGACUUAUGAAGACAAAUUUAUUGCACUGGAACCCUUCGUCAAGGACUGCCUGGAAGAUUCUGGGAACUAUCAGCGCAAGGCCCUAAUAUUCCUGUCUUUGUGUCAUCACUAUGCACACAUUGCUGUUCCAGAAGCUGCACUGACUUCUAUUUUUGAGGACGCACCACGUGAUACCGCUUUAGAAGUACUGCUUACUGAAGAUUCGCUGCAGCUCUUGCUCGAGGAAAAUGGUGGAUGGAGACCACGACAUGACCUCAUUGGACGACAUAUGCUGAAGAGGUUACUAUCCGAUGGCAUCAACAAAGACAACUGGAUUCAAAACCUUGCAAACGUAGCCAUCGAUUUCAUUUCACAUAUGCCAGAAAAUCUAGUGAGCGAGCUGCUAAAAAAUCGUACUUCCACUUCAGAAUUCUCUCCUUUGAUCGACGAAAUUCCAGAUGAUGAUGAAGUGAUCAAAGUUUUUGAAAAGGCUAUUGAGACAUUCCCUGAUAAUCCACAUUUUAGUGUCCACCUCGGGCGUGUGUACAGCAUCAAAAAAGAAGCCACUGGCUUUGAAAUGGCGGUUCGUUGCACUGACGACGGAAUACAGAGCGCUGAUCGAGUUUUCGCCUCACGAGAGGUACGAGGACAGUUUGCCCAAAUGAAAGGAGUUGUUUAUAGCAGAAGAGUUAGUUUUCUAAUAAAAGAAGAGGCGCAAGUGAAGGACAUUGUUCCAUUUGCUGAAGAAGGUGUGGAUUGGUUUAGGCGGUCGGUUAGCAUUUGUCCUGAUGUAAUUGAUGGCUACAUUCCCGAAGUAAAAAUGAUGUGCAACCUGCUUGAAUAUGUCCAUAAAACGGAAGGAGAUUUGCACGACUACCUCCGAAAACCCGAAUGCCCAACAUUCAUUGUCGACGGCAUUUCCCAGACAACUGAUACGCUUGAUUGUGUCCCUGAUUCUGAAUAUUACAGCUACUGGAAGUCUCGACUCGUGUGCUUGGGGCAACGCAAGAAUAGAAAGGAUCUACGCAAGACUCUCAAACUUCUGGAGGAAAUCAGGCUGGACAGUAAGAUAAGCAGGGGACCUAUCAACCGUAAAAUUGUUGAAAUCAAGAUAGAACUUUGUCGUCAUAACAAAGCAGACUUAUCUACUGUGGCGAGCGAUGUGAUUACAUUCUUACUUGAGGCACUGAAUUACGCACAAAAUGUCAAAGAGAAAGAGCUGACAAUGCGCCUAUGGAUACAAAUAGCUCCAUUUGUCCCAGUUCAUCUUUCCGAUGCAGAGCGGCUCAUUUUCAAGUGGUGCAAUGAAUGCAGAACGGUACGUUCUCACCUCUACAAAUACAUCAUCAGCUUCAUUCAUGUUCUAGAUGGAAGCAAGCACUAUUUGGUAAAGAUGAGGAACGCACACCACGAUCUGGAAAGUGAAGUCAAAGUCAUCAAUCGAGGAGACGUUGGAAGGCUUCGACACCCUGACAAACCAGUUGUUUGGCUUGGCUCACAAAAUGCCAAGGGUAUGGGACAGUUAGUGUACCUGGAAAACAUCUUCAAAGAUAAAAAGCCGGGAGACAAGAACAUCCUUGCUCCAGAACACACAAGGAAUCUUCAAACACUGACUGGCAUAAUCACUGUAAUUGAAAGGAAUGUAGGAACAAUCGUCCUGAAGGAUGGUUUGGAUGUGCGCUUCAGGACUGACCUUUGUGACCCAUCAUUAUCAAGCAAAACGUUUUGCAAUCGCAAAGUGCAGUUUCAUUUGGGAUUCAACUUCUUUGGCCCUGAUGCUUACAACGUGAAACUGAUGUAAAACAAACUCGAAUGCUCUUUGUCAAACGGCUAGGUCUAGACGAAAAUAAUGAAAAGUCUACUAGCUUGGACGCUUUCACUAAGUGAGAGUUAUCAACUGUACUGAACGAUAUGAUUUAGUUUGAAUUUUGUGCAUGUUAGCACUGACAAUAUUUAACGCAAUCAUAAUUUACUACUAAAUGAAUUUGUCUCGCUCUUUUUACAAACAAUUUUAAAAAGAAUUUAACUAUAAAAGUAAGACUACUUCUUCAUGGCAUUUUGUUGAAAUUAGUAGUUAAGAUAAUUAAGUUCAGUAAUGAUUUGUCACUAGAUCUAUGGUUUUGUCUCUAGAUCGAAAUAUUCCAAGUCAUGUACCUUGAAUGAUUUUAACUGAUUACAGGGAAGUUUUAAUGCCAAGGAAUCGUCUUAUUCAUAAGGUGUGAGAAUAAUGAAAAUACUCAAACAUCAGACUAAACUUAGUUUAAUAAACAACCAGUUUAAUUCAAAUGUA